AUGUUUGAGCAGUAAUCUAAAGCAACAGAAUAUUUACAUUUGAUUUUAAAUAUAGCUAUUUCCUCUCUUUUUGCAGUAUUGGAAUAGCUAAUGUGUAAUAUUGCAGGGGCAAUAAUUUGGGAUCUAGUAUUUAUUCCUUGUGGUAUAAUAUUCUCAUUACUAUACAUAACUCAAUAUUUUCAUUGGAAUAAAGGUAUAACAAAUAGAUUCAAUUAGGUGAUUUAUCUUCAUUUUUUUUUUGGGUCCUAGUAAUGAAGAGAAUAUUUGUUUUUGGAAUUAAUGAAGGAGAGUUUAUCUACUUUUUAUUUGGAUUAUUAAAUGGAAUUUAUACAAACAAAUUAAAUGUUAAGGAUAAGAAAAAGUAUUAUUGGAAGUCUAAAACAAUCAUUUAAGUUUUAGUUUUAUCUGCUUUGAUAAUAUUUAAUUUGAUGCAAGAAGAUAGAGAAUAAAGUAUAACUUUAACAAUAAUUAUCAUAAUUGUUUCAAUAAUAAUAGGCAUUAAUGAUAAUAUUGAUUUAUAAAAUUAAACAACAAAGUCAGAAGAAUAUUAAACAGAUUUAAAACACCAUUAAUUUGAAAUUAAGAAAUCUCAAACUACAAUAGUUUAAAUGUAAUAAUAAUAAUAGCAAUAUUAAUAAUAGUACUAAUAAUAUUAAUAAUUAUAAUAAAAAUCUAAUUGGGAAUAAUAUUAAUAAUAAACAGAUGAGUGGAUUUGCAAGAUGGAUUUGAACAAAUAUUCCUUAAUAGAAAGUUUAAAUUCUUGUGAAUAAAAUUAUGCAAUGAGAAAAUCCUUAGGGGAUUAUAAAAUUUCAAUUUAAUAAUUAUUUCAAAAUUUAAUGAUUACAAGCCAAUCUACUAAUUUAUAAUAAUCAAUUAAUUUAUGGUCAGAAAUAUUGGAAACUAAUUCAUUGUAAAAUUGGCUUGAAAAAAACUUUUUUUCAGAGAGUUCAGCAGGUAAAUUAGAAUAAGCCAGAUAAAAAUAAUAUAGAUAUAAUAUUGAUGGUAUUUAAGGAAUACAAGAGGAUUAAUUAUCAAUAAUUUCACCUUAUAAUGAAGGUAGAAACAAUUAUAAUAGAGAUCAAGUUCAUGAAUUAUCUGGAUUAUCAGCUAUUUAAUAACAUGGAGAUAUGCAAGGAUCUAAUUCAGUUUUAUCUAAUAAGACAACUUUAGGUUGUUAUUUUUUGAUAAAUUAACUAAAGAUAGAGAUGAGUGUAUCAAUAUUUUUGAUGGAAGAUGAAUUAGAUACUAAAAAAUCAAUUUUAAUUUUGGUAAUAAGAAAUAUUGACAAAGAAUUUAAAAAAAUGAAAACAAGUAUUGAGAAAACUGAAUAAUAGAGAAUUGUAUUCUAUAAAUAUAUAAAAAGAGUAGCUGAUGAUGUUAGUUAGAUAUUAUAAUAAAUAAUGCAUAUAAAAAUGAAAUUAGAUUAGCGUUAAAAGUAAUAUAUUAUAAUAAACUAAAAGAGAAUUUGAAAAGAUAAAGUAAAGCAACUUUAUUUCAUUAUCUUUUUGUGAUGAUAAUGCAUUUGUCAAGUCUGAAAGAAUGAUAGGAGAUGUGAAACUAUCACAACAUUUAUGUGUGCCUAAUUAACCUUCUGGAUUAAACUUAAAUUAAAAAGUGACGUCAUCUAUAAGUUAGAAUCAUGAUACUUAGGAGGAAUAAUUAUAGAAAUUAUAUUCAAUUUCAUUACCAAGUGAGUUAAUAAAAUAAAUAGAUAAAUGGUAAUCAAAUUUAUUAUUGAUGGAAUAAAAUAAUUUUAAUUUUUUUGAAUUAUUUUCAACUAUUGAAUUUAAAACUAAUAAAUUUAAUUUUAUUAAGAGUUUAAACAGUGUAAAGGAUUUAUUUAAACAUGAUAAUUUUAUAUCAAAAUAUAAUAUCACAAUUUCAUUUGAAUUGCAUAAUGAAAACGAAAUGGUAUUGACAUCAGAUAAACGAAAAAUAAAAUAAGUGCUUAUGAAUAUAAUAAAAAAUUCGAUUUAAUCUUUUGAUUAUAAUUAAUCAAGAAGUUAAUCUGAAAAGUUGACUGUUAUGUCAACCGAAUAAAAAUAAGAUAUAAAAUAAUAAGAAUUAAAAGUAUAAAAUACUAUCAUAAUAAAAUCAUGGGCAGAUGAGGAUAAAAUAAUUGUAGAGGUAAUUGAUAAUGGUGGAGGAAUUAAAUAAGAUAUGCUCAAAAAUAGAAUCUAAGAUUGUAAAUUAGGAUUACAAGCAUGUCGUAAAAUUUUGAAACAUCUUUCACAUGAUCCUAGGAAACCAUUAGAGAUUAUUAAUUAUGUGAAAACUAAAGAUGGAAUCAAGGGAACUCUUGUACAAUUUACUUUAUCUAAAUAAUUUGUACCUACUUAAUCAAAUGAAGAAAAUGUAUUCUCUGAUUCAUUGACUAUGAAUAACAAAGUUGAAUUAAAUUGA